AUGGCUAAAGAUAAUACACAGCAUGCUCAAUGUGCUAUAUCAAUCCAAGAAUUAUACCACGAACAAUUGUACCUGGGAGAGCCCAACCAUCAACAUAUUGAUGAUAAUAAUACUGAUAUGAUAGAAACUGAGAAUCAUGAUGCAGUUGAUCAAUUUUCUACGACGGCAAGUGUCUCUAUGGUGCCGGAUAUUCUACCAUUCGAAACUUUUAAUAAUGAUCUUGAUUUUAACCCCAAAUGGAUUAUUAAUGGUGUUGAUAUAGAAACAUCAUCAACUAAUAAUAUCACUUCAACUCAACCUCAAUGUUAUUUGCAUAAAAAUUGA